AUGAAUGCACUGAGAGCAUUUCGUGAUGCAUAUAAUCGAUCAUACAACAAACGCCCCAUAUUCACGCUUUGCGUUACCAACUGUGUCCUUGGUGCCAUAAGCGACUCGCUCGCCCAAGGUAUCACCUACUACGAUUACCGAAAAAACCACAAGCGGUUCCCCGAAAUCAUGGAUAAACAGCUACCGGAGAAUGUCAGAGAACAUGAGGACUUGUGGCCACCACCUCCAGCCUAUGAUCCAUUUCGCACUGUACGCUUUGCAUUCUAUAACUUUUGUAUCGCGCCAAUUGUCGGCAAGUGGUAUAUGGUGCUUGACCGUUACUUCCCCAUGCCAGUUGCUGGUGCAGCGUUAGCAUCGACACGCGCAAAGGAUGUUAUUGCAAUCAAACGAAUGGCUGUAGACCAAGCGUUCUUUGCUCCAUCUAGCUUGGCGGUCUUUUUCACUGUCAUGGGCCUCGCAGAAACCGGUAAAUGGGCAGCAGUAAAAGAAAAAUUCCAUGAUGCCUACAAGCCAGCCCUUGUUGCCAACUAUACAGUAUGGCCUCUGGUACAACUCGUCAACUUUAAAUUGAUGCCCUUGCAAUAUCGCUUACCUUUUGUAAGCACGCUUGGUAUCUUGUGGAAUGCUUAUCUCAGCUGGAUCAACAGUGCUACGCGUGAGGAGGCGAAAGCUAUUGAAAGUCAACUGGUUUGA